AUGAGCUUUAAAAAAAAUAUCCUCUCCCAAUCUGAUUUGCUCUAUUCUCCAUCAAAUCUAGAAUAUAUGAAGCAAUCUAUACUAAAUACUUAGGUUGAAACUUCCCCUAUUUAAUCAGUAACACCAAAGAAUUAAAGAAUCUGCUCAGUCCAUGAAAAAUCAAACGAAGAUGUCAUAAGUAGAAGCUAGAAAUGA